UCUCCGCCGGGAGAACAAGUCCAGCUCGGAUAGCGAAAGUACGUGCUCUGCGCAACCUGCGAGCCGCUCCACAGACAGUAACAAUGACGCGACGGCCGAGAAACAGUGUUUACAGUAGUGAGGAGGAUGAGGAGGAGUCCGAGAUGUAUGACCACGAUUAUGAUGGAUCAAUGGUCAAGGCAGGGAAACGGCACCUUGGCAAAACCCGCUGGACACGAGAAGAGGAUGAGAAGUUAAAGAAACUCGUUGAACUUCAUGGAUCAGAAGACUGGAAACAGAUUGCAAACUUACUCACUAAUCGUACAGAUGUGCAGUGUCAGCACAGGUGGCAGAAGGUUCUCAACCCAGAGCUCAUCAAAGGGCCUUGGACCAAAGAGGAGGACCAGAGGGUGAUUGAGCUGGUCCAGAAGUAUGGAGCCAAGCGCUGGUCGGUGAUCGCCAAGCACCUGAAGGGGCGUAUCGGCAAGCAGUGCCGCGAGCGCUGGCACAACCACCUGAACCCAGAGGUGAAGAAGACGUCGUGGACCGAGGAGGAGGACCGAAUUAUCUACCAGGCACACGAGAAGCUGGGCAACCGCUGGGCCGAGAUCGCUAAGCUGCUCCCUGGCAGGACCGACAACGCCAUCAAGAACCACUGGAACUCCACCAUGAGGAGAAAGGUGGAGCAGGAGGGCUAUCUACAGAGCGCCGCAAAGAACGGCAACUCCAUCGGCCAUGGCUACAAGACCAACAAUCACAUCAUGAGUUUCUCUCACCACUCGCCCAGUCACGCGCAGCUGCCUCCCUUGUCGCCAAUCAACUACGCCUACAUCUCCGACACACACAGAGUGCCGUUCCCCAUGGCAUGGCAUUUGAACAUCCUUAACAUGCCCCAUCAUGGAACCGCUGCUAUACAGAGACACUAUAGUGAGGAGGACCCUGAGAAGGAGCAGAGGGUGAAAGAGAUCGAACUGCUGCUCAUGUCAACAGAAGAUGAGCUGAGAGGCCAGCCAUCACUACCAAUGAAUUUGUCCUAUCCGAGCUGGGCCAGCCAGAGGUCUUUGACCAACAGCUCCGAGGGUGUAAUGUUAUCGCCUCAUCACCAGGCAGCCGCCCCCGCCCUUCCUCUGGACCAGAGCUGCCUACCUGAGGAGAGCGCCUCUGCAGCACGCGCCCACAGCAAUACCGGCAGCAACAUUCACGCCAACAGCCACAGCCACAGCCACAGCCACCACGGCAGGCCGACGUUCUCAAAUGCCAUGCCGGAGUUCAUGGAAUGUGUCAUUGAUUCAUUUCUCAACCAGUCAAUGAGCCCAGAACACUCAGACAACGACAGUUUACCAAUGAGCUCGCCUGUGGACUUAAAGCCUCUGAUCAACCACACUAUCAUUCACCAGAAAGAGGAUGAAAUGUUCAGGACUCCAAACAUUCGUCGUUCGAUCAUGGAGUCUUCUCCUUGUACACCCACACCUUUCAGGUCAUCCCUGGCCAUGCAGGAGGCCAAGUAUGGACCUGUCAAACUACUGGACUCCCCUUUGGAUCAGCAGAUGGUCAAAUCCAUCAAACAGGAGCCGAUGGAGUGUGCAAUUGAGCAGCCUCCUCUGAAGAAGAUAAAACAAGAGGUGGAGUCCCCAUGUGAGAGGAGCCCGUGUAUGCAGUGGGAAGGACAAGACCUUCACACGCAACUCUUCUCCCCAAACGGCCCCGCACAGGAAGUACCUGACCUGCUUACUAGCUCAAUAUUGAGUGAAGAUGGGCACAAAAACUACCACCUCCCUCGCAGAGGAAUGGGCAGCCCGAUACAGCAGCUCAGUUCCUGGGAGCAGGUGACCUGUGGGAAAACAGAGGAGCACGUCUUGGCCUCGGAGCAGAGCCACAAGUACAUCAACACUUAUCCUACAAGGACACUGGUCAUGUAGACAAGAGACACACGUUGAACUGGAAAGAUCAACAAUCCCUGCGCUGGACGCAGCGCUGCGGAUUACAUAUUUGUUGUGGUACAACAGUUGGGAGAGGCUCUAUGCCAUUAGUGUUUUCACACUUACACUUGUUGGAUUUCAACCAACCAAAGACUAAACAAGUUUUUUUUUUUUUUUUUUUUUAAUACUUCUGCAUAGAAUUUGCUAUGGGUUCUAUUGUACAUCCAAUUACGUUUGGUCUCGUCAUUAUGUUAUUAUCAAUGUUGUAUUAUAAAUGGGAAACGGUGGAUAUAUAAUUUGCAUUGGGCUGUAUUGUUAAUUCCGAAUUUUUGAUAUUAAUAUAAAGAACAAGUUGAUUAAUUUAUUUCUUUUGUUUUCAUAAUGCUAAUGUUUUUUUUAAUUGGCCAAUGGAUCAGUGUUGUAAGUUAAGUAUUUAAGCCCUGUUAGCAUUAUCAUAAAUCCAAAGGCAUUUUAAUGAAUUUAAAACUGACCUCUUUAUUUCAGUCAUGAAACGUUUCUUUAUUAUUUUUACUUUUUUUAAACAGGCUACAAUGUGUCUACUGUUUAUUUCAAGUGUUUGGUCUGUGCCACCUCAUGUUAACACUUAACUACUGAGCAAGAACAGCUGCGUCUGUUCUUACAUCAUUAUUUAACAAUGAAUGAUCAUGUUUUACACGACAGAAGGGGCCAGCCUUAUUAGUAUUACCUGACUACCACAUUGGCACCUUUAUUUCAUAUAAAUUGAGUUUUCAUUUCAACUUUUGAUUUAUUUUUGGCCUUCACAGUAUCCUGUAUGGGGAAACAUUCAAUGAACAAAAGUUAUAUUUGUUAACACUUUAAGUAUAUAUAUUUAUACAUAAAAAAAAAGACAAUCUUUAAUGAGCUUAUAUGUUUGAAACCAUGAGCUUUACCCAGUAAGAGUAAGACCAAGCUGCACUUGAAUCUUAUAUUCUCCAUAAAACGCGAGAGUACUAAACACUGAACACUGCUACAGACAAAUCCCGAUCGAAACUUUUGUAUGGUUUUUGUUUUUAACCAUUUCUUUGAAUCGUUUUUGUAUUUUUGUAUAACGCUUGUUUUCUUACUAAGACUGCAGUAGCCCAUGUCAAACACUUCGCAGACAAUCUUUUUAUAUGCCUUGUUUUGAUACUAGCUUUGAGCAAAAAUGAUUUUUAUAAAAGCAUUUAUACAUGCCAAGUUUUCAUGUUUUUAUAC